AUGAACAAUGGUUCUAUAAAUUACAAAUAAAGAUCAAUUAGUUAACACACUUAAGGGAGCCCUAAUUAGUAAAACUUUCAAAAUAAAAUAUUGAAAUAGCCUCAUCUCCAAGUCCCUUAAUAAAUGAAUUAAUUGUAAAGUGAUUAAUCUAGAAGAGAAUGUAUGUAUGAUUUAAUUAAUAAUCUAAGACAAGUAAGAAACAAUUUUAAUUAAUUUUAAAGAUUAUAGGAUGGAAAAUAAAUCACUUAUAUAACAAAUAAGUCAGAAAUUACAGAUAUUAAUUAAACCUAUUAUGAACCAAAAACUAUAUAAAAUAAAAACUCUAGCUUAAACAAAGAAGAAACAAGAUAAAUGGGAAUCAAAAUGAGAAGUAUUUCGGAAUAUGGAGAAAAACCGGUGUAGAAUAUUUAAUAUUAAAAAUUAUCCCAUUAAAAUGAUAAUGGUAAACCUUAACCCUAGAUAAAAAUUAUAAGUGUUUAAGAAAAAGGACUACCAAUAUCCUACUUUGCUAAUAGGAUAAAUUAUGCAUAGAGACCAACAUGUAAUUAAAUAAAAAGUGAAUAAUAAUAAAAACAAAAAUAAUAAUUUUAAACUACAAAUUCCUAAAUUAGCUAUGUUUAAUAAAGUAAUUAAAUAAAUAGUGAUUAUUCACAAAUAAAUUAAGAUUCAAAAAUAAAUAAAUAUUCACAAAUAAAUAAAGAUUCACAAAUAAAUAAAGAUUCAUUAAUAAAUUAAGAUUCACAAAUAAAUAAAUAUUCACAAAUAAAUAAAGAUUCAUUAAUAAAUUAAGAUUCACAAAUAAAUUAAGAACCAUAACUUAAUUUAUUUGAAACUGAAAUAAAAAUAAGUUUAUUUGUUUGCUAUUAAUGUCGAUAAUAAUCUUAUGAAAAUUAAUAUAUUUUGAAUUGUUAACAUACAUAUCACAUAAAUUGUUUGAAGGCAUUUAUUAUCGGAUAAAUAAAUAAUUUUUUAUAAAAUCCAUAGAUUACUUGCUUAUGUAAUAGUAAAAUCCAUAAGCUCCCCUUUAUUGAUCAAUCUUUUUAUGAAGAAUAAUAAUAAAAAUUAAUUUCAAAAUAACUACAAUUCAUAUAUUAAAGUAAUUAAACGAAAUUUAGAAAGUGUUAAAAGUGUGAUUUUUUUUGGGUUAUGGAUAACCAUAAUAAGAAUAAUACUUUAUAUUAUUGUAAAUGUUAAGAAAAAGGCUAAAAUUGA